UUUUCCGAGAUUUAUAAUGACCCAGGUACCAUUACGAAAGAGCAAAUGUUUAUAACGGACCUGGUGAGAUCCGAGAAGAGGACUUGAGGGAGGUAGAGGGGAGAGGACUCGAAAACGGCAUUUGCGGUGCAAGCGAGAGAAGUUCUGAGUAGAUGGAAGAAGACGAACCUUGCCAGAUCGAUACAUCUCCGACUAAAGCCAUUGAUGACUACGAGGUUGAGGAAAAGAAGCAAGCAGCUGCAGAUGUUCUCUUUCAAUAUUCACAAUUUGUUAUGGCAUGCAUAGGGGAGGGUGUCCGGCCUUGUGACUUGAGGCUUCACUUGAUGAAGGAGCUCUCCGGACUCCCAAGUUCAUUACGGAAAGAGCCUUCACCAAAGAUAUCAGGCACCAAAGCUGAUGAGCCAUCAUCUUCAGGGAGGGUGAAAAGAGAGAACACAAAUGGCCUUGGCUCCAAUCCUCAAUAAAGUGUGGAGCGUACAUACUUGAAUUACACAUGGGAUCUUCAUGAUGUGAAAAUCUAACAGGGCUUAAAGCAUCACGCGCCAUUCAUAUUUGGCUUGCAACUAUUUGACAUAGGUUUUAUGAGAAAUGGAUAAGAAAAAUAGAGAAGAAAGAAAAUGGAAAUAUUAUCAUAGGAAUGGAAAUUAUCCACUUUGGGUAUUGUAUCCUUUUAUGGGGAUUUAUUUGUUUCUUUGUAUGAUAAGAAAUAACAAAGUGUUUAAAUCCAAUGUUGAAUUGUAUGCGCGCAUUUGUAUUAUAUGGCUCUGAGCAUCAUCUUUA